AUGUCGGCGUCCAACGGGGACGAACACCCGACACUUGCUGGUUCGGCCGUCUCCAAAAACCCCCAUGGAAACAACAAUGACGAGUCGGCUGCGUUCCAAUUUGACUACAAUUCCUGGGCGCAAGGAACCGAGACGGAUUUUGAGUUCUUGAACGAUUCAAUGCCUCAGUAUGUUGCCAAUGCCGAACCGAGGCCGAAUCAACACCAGACGGGCAAUCAUCUAUUCCACUCCUCCAACAACAAUGGGUCCGAUGGGGCCAGCAUGGCAGGGCCUCCAUCAGCAAGCCCCGUGAAUAACAUAAACUCGCCGAAUGAGUUCUACGUUCAAUCGCAAUACCACAAUAUGCUGAACAAUGGAGUCGGUCCUUCGCCGACUAUCCCGCAGAUGUUCGGACAUAGUCCCUCGGGGCAGCAUCCUCCAGCAGUCCGAAUGAAGUCUGAUCAGCUGUAUCCGCAACAUCACAACCUUCCACAGUACCAGAUGGACCCACACUUCAAUAGUGGGAGCCAUCCCUACCAGGUGAAUCCAGGAUCUGGCACUGCUUCAGUCGUCUCGCAGCAUGGGCCAAUGGUCAACAGUCCCAAGAUGAUACCACCGUUCAUAUCUGCACCCGCCAACCCCUCAGAUGGAACUCACGGUUCAAACCCAGCAACCUCGCCAAAAAAUACGAAGAAACCAGACCCUCCACAGCCGCGUGUCAAGGUGAGGCCGUGUGACCACUGUCGCCGGAGAAAGACCAGAUGUGUGAUGAACUCGCUCAUGACCAGCUGUAACAUGUGCGAGCAGAAGAACAUCAAAUGUACUUUCAGUGAUCCUUUAAAGAGGACCAGUGGUUCAGGGCUGGACGACGGCUCUGGUGUGAAAAAGAUCAGAUACAAUGACGAUCCUUCGUUGCAGCCUCCUCCCAAUAUGCCGAUCAGGGAGGUUCAGCCGAUAACGGAUUAUGCCGCGAUGCCGGGUCAUUCACUUUUGAAAAAGACUCUGAGUUUGCAAUAUCCAAGGUCGAGUUUCUACGUGGGUCCUACAUCGGUGUACGACCCAGUUCUUCUGGAAAAGAUCAAGCUGGACAAGAUCGAUCAAUUCCAGCUGAGUCCAACCACGAGUCUUCGAAAAGUGGCUUCCAAUGUCCAGUUUACAUUGCGUGACGAUUUCACGGAAGAUUUGUACGAAAGAACUGAAAAGGACGUGGAUGCCGUGGAGAGGUACGUUGCUCCACACGGCCAGACCUUGAUCGAUCUCUACUUCAGAAUCGUGCAUCCUUCUUUUCCUGUGUUACACAAAAGGGUAUUUCUGGAGAAAUAUUCAAGAACCCACAGAGAAUUUGGUGCUCCUCUUUUGGCUGCUGUGUACUGUUUGGCUAUCCAGUGGUGGGAUUACGAUCCGAACCUUUCGCAGCAUCCCAAGCCCAAUGUUGCUGCUCUGAAUAAACUGGCAAUACGAACGUUCUCGGAUGUAAUUGAGCGCCCUAAGUUGUCUGCGGUGCAAGCUGGUUUGCUGUUGUUGCAAUGCCGCCCUGAUCAUGCACGAAACUGGGUUCUGUGCUCGCAGGUAGUGGCCCUUGCAGAAGAGCUGGGUCUAGGACUUGAUUGUGCCACUUGGACCUUGCCCAAAUGGGAGAGGGGUCUGAGAAGGCGUUUAGCCUGGGCAGUGUAUGUGCAGGAUAAAUGGCUGGCCCUAGUGGAGAGCCGGCCAUCGCAUAUCAUCGAGGGAAAGAACUGGCUUGUGAAGAGAGUCACAGACGAAGAUUUCCCAGAGAAAAACAACGAGGCUGACAGCAAUAAGGAGGGAUCCAUGGAUAUCGAAAAUGGCAAGCAUUUGUUCAAGGAGAUGAUCUCGUUGAGCGAAAUUGUGAGCGAGAUUUUGGAUACUUUCUUCACAAUUUCAGCAAUGGAGAAUGUGUCUAGAAUAGACUAUGUCUUGAAACUGGCCAAGCCCUUACAGCUGAAGCUGAGGACGUGGUAUCACUCACUGCCCCAAGACCUGCAGAUGACCUCCAUUCAGCCCCGCAAGCUGAACUCAAAUGGCUAUCUGCAAUUGGCCUACUUUGCCGCAGAGAUCACCUUACACAGAAAAAUCAUAUCCAGUUUGACUCCAGAUACUCCACCCGAGCUGGUGAAGGUUUGUCGAAACGCUGCAAAGACCAGACUCGUUGCAGCGGUAGACUUUGCACGUGAGCUUAAACCAGAGCAUAUCCACUCAUUCUGGCACUCUUCGGCAACGACAAACUUCACGCUGAUUGGAACGUUUGCUGCUAUAUUAUUUGUCACUUCGGAGACUCCUGAAGAGGCUGUUCUGUAUAAGGACCAAGUGCAGAACUACCGUUGGACUCUGAGAGUCAGCGCUAAGGGAUUCGACCAGGCCAAUGAUGCUUUGGAGAAGCUGGACACUAUCCUGAUGCAUAUUCCGGGUUUGUUGGAUAACAGUCCUUCAAUGCAGGGCGGUCCGCUGGUGCAAUCGCAGAGACCACCGCAGAUCAACGGAAAUUACCUCACUGGACCGCAGAUCUUUGACGGAAAUAGCUCUGUGAGACCGGGUUCCAGCAUGCCAACUUCUGGAACUUCCAGCACAGCUCACAAUACCCCUGCGCCCGCCAGUGGUGGAAACGCCAAUCUAGGCAACGGUUCCAACGUUUCAACACCCAACCACCAUCCCUCACAGGUAAACUCUCCUCUGGCAACGCAGCAGUCGGGUGGAACCGUUCAGUUUCAACAGCAGCAGCAACAAAGGAUGAGACAAAAUAGUGUUACUGCCGUCAAUGGAGCUGGCUCUUCUCCGAGGUCGGUGUCUUCUCCCAGGCCAGCCUCCAAAAAAGGCUCGGUCAGGCCAAUCGCAAGAAACAGUCCUGUCGACAAUCGCAGUGUCAAAAGCGAACCCCCAGAGGAAUGA